AUGGGCCGCUCAGCAAAGUUCAUGAAGAGGCCGACGCAGAAGCAGAAGGCGACGUCAAAGACAGCAAAGGCGGCGUCCAAGCCGCUGCCCCCGCCCCCGCCGCCUGUCGAGCAGAAAGCAGCCAGCAGCAACGAGGACGGCCCAGCAAAGAGCAAGAAGCGCCGCAUGAUGCGGGCCAAGGCCGACAAGAAGGCCAAGACUGCAUAG